GCUGGCAAACCGACCACGGCUACUAGCAAUGGUGACUCUCGGGGCUCCCAUAUUCAUCACAACAACAGUAUCGACCGCUUCUUAGCCGACAGAGGCCAAAGAAUUCCGGUUGGCUUUGGCCCAGCCCAAACACAAAACGAGGCCAAGGCCGCCGAAGAAGCUCGCAUGUUCGAAAAUCUGCGUAAUUUUGAUGUGCAGUUUGGCUGCGACAAUUCUCCA